AUGUCUCCAUUUCGUAUUGUUGAGCAUGUGGUGCCUACCCAGCAUAUCCGCGAGUACCCCGGUGCCAUUGCAGACGAUCAAGAUCGGCCCUUGGGACUGGUCGUGAAACAAUAUAUUCCGCUCGACAAUCCCAGUCCUCAACCAGGAGAUGUGACUAUUCUUGCUGCCCAUGCCAAUGGCUUCCCGAAGGAAUUAUAUGAGCCUCUUUGGGAGGAGAUCCAUGCCCGCGCAAAGGAGACUGGAUUCCGCAUUCGCAGUAUUUGGAUGGCCGACGUGGCGCAUCAAGGCGAGAGCGGCGUGAUCAAUGAAGAGCGUCUAGGAAAUGACCCAAGCUGGUUUGAUCACCCGCGCGACCUUCUCCACUUGGUCAAUGUGAAGGCAGCUGAAAUGCCACGACCCAUUAUUGGAAUCGGUCACAGCUUCGGCGGCGCACACCUCACACAACUAAGCUUAAUGCACCCUCGCUUGCUACACACUCUAGUCCUACUAGACCCAGUAGUCCAGCCUCAGUCUACCCAAAUCGACGGCUUCACCCUCAAAGAGAAAAAGCGCGCCAUGGCAAAGACAACCCAACUAUCAACCUACCGCAAAGACAUCUGGCCCUCUCGCAAAGCAGCCGCAGAAGGGUUCCAGCGCAGUCCAUUCUAUCAAGCCUGGGAUCCCCGCGUCCUGGACCGCUGGGUAAAAUACGGUCUACGAGACCUCCCAACGGCCAUUCAUCCCGAAAAGCCUGAAGCUGCAGACCCACCCGUUACUUUGCGCACAACUCUCCACCAGGAAGUCUUUACAUUCUCUCGACCAAAUUAUACUCAUAUCCCUGGUAGCGGUCGGCCCGUGAACCGUGUUACGCACCCUGAUCUCGAUGCUACGCAUCCUGACUCGCAUCCAUUUUAUAGACCUGAGCCUGCGCGCAUAUUCUCGCAACUUCCUUUCUUGAGACCUAGUGUCUUGUAUAUCUUUGCUGGAAAGUCGGACAUGUGCUUACCCGAUAUGCGCGCGGCUAAGCUUGCUACUACGGGGACUGGAAUUGGGGGGAGUGGAGGUGUGGCGGCUGGGAGGGUAAGGGAGGUUUUCUUGGAGGAAUUUGGUCAUUUGCUUGCUCAGGAGGCUGUUAAUGAAUGUGCCGAUGCGGCGGUUUGUUGGAUUGGGCCUGAGUUGAAGCGGUGGAGGGAGGAGGAGGAAAGUUUCCGGAAGGGGUGGAGUGGGAAGAGCAUGCUUGAGAGGAGGACUAUUGACUCUGAGUGGCUGAAGCAUGUUCCUGCACCGCAGCGGAGACCUAAGGACUCGUCGAAGCUAUAG